AUUUUUUUUCUUUCUUUUUUUUUUUUUCUUUUACCUCCAGGCGAACCCAAGCUCUUGGGUUUGCGAGGAACCCAGGAGCCUGGGUUCACGAGGAACCUAGCUCGCGGGUUCCUGACGAACCCAGGAGCUUGGGUUUACGAGGAACCCAACUCACGAGUUCGCAAGGAACCUAGGAGCCUGGGUUCGCGAGGAAUGAGUCUUACCUUGAGAAAUGGAGAAGAUUUGCGUUGUUGUGAGAGUAAGACUAUGGUUUCCCAAGAUACCUCCGCCAGAACCUACUGGAAGGUCGAGGACAACCGUAUCUCCCUCCACAGGCCUCACGGCACUCCCAUCUCCGGUGUCUCUUACGCUUUUGAUCAUGCGUUCGAUGAAACCUGCUCAAAUGCUCAAGUUUACGAGCUUCUUACCAGGGAUUUAAUUCAUGCCGCGGUUGAAGGGUUCAAUGGUAUUCUUCUUUUCCCCAAAUCAUCCAAAUUUGUUCAAUCACUAAGAUUUUGCUUUAAGCCUUUAGGUUCUCUUUGUAUUUUGUUUGGAUCUGGGAAAGCAUCACAAGCUGUUUUUGAGAUAUCUGAGAAAUUAAAAUGUUUGAUUUGAAUUUCGUAACCUUAAAACAUUUUCCUUUUGGUUGGAUUUUUUCGACUUUGUUGGAAGACUUGCUAGUUUGGGUGCGAGAAUUGAUUGAU